AUGGCCAUUAAACCAAGUCCGCCUUAUUAUUCAAAUGAGAAAUUAGGAUUCUAUGCAGUGUGGAUCUGUAGACAAGAAUCCCAUAUGGAAGGCCUAGUACCUUGUAAGAGUUCUGAUAGGAAGAGAGACAGACAGCCAAUUUCUGUUCCAUUUGUUUGGGAAGAGAAACCUGGAACACCCAAGAAAGAUUGGAAACCAACUGCUCAUCCAAUUAAGCCGGUUGCGCUUCCAGUCAAGCUUGUUGCAUCUGUUCCUUUUGGAUGGGAAGCGAAGCCCGGAAAACCACUUCCAUGUUUCUCUCAGUCACCACCGGAAUCAGAACCUGCACCGCCACAGACAAUGAGCAUCGGCUUCCCAUCACCUCCGAGUUACUCGGACAGUCAGGAUGAAGAUUGGAGUGGCAGCGAGGGAAACGUUGAAGAUAAGAGAGAAGGAGAUCAAAUGCUGGAUUCAGAGAUAGAUACAUGCAGUUUUGUAACAGGCGAUUCCUUCAGCUCCGCUCUGUCUCUCCUCGCCAAUGGCCUAAUAUCAAGCGCAGCACUUUUGAGUGCAGUUCCCGAGCAGCAAACUUCACUUACACAGAAAACAAUCAACGGUGGGAAAAUCCAAACUCCCGGUUCACCAGAAACAGACAGUAGUACAAGAAGCUAUGCAACAGGAACCACAAGCCUGACUGGAGCUUCUUUCUUGGAGUGGCUCUUUCCUCUACUAGCACCUCGAACAAGUUUAGCUGACAAUGUUGGCUGCUCAGAGAAGGACACUUCUCCCACAGCAGAUGUACAAAAUAUAGAUUUGCCACGAGAAAGCAAUGGCAGUCUUGUAAAAAGACCACUGCUGACGCUUGGAGAGAUGAUAAUGAUGAGCAGAAGAAUGAGUUAUAAAAGAAAAGCAAAUAAAAUUCGUAAACAGCCAUCUAUGGAACUUAUGAAGGGGAACGCCUUGGGUUGCUGCAUCUUUGGAGCUGGCAACGGCAUCAGUGGAUUGCACUGGAAGUAG